AGUGCCUGAAUGUACUGCCUCUGGUGGUGGUAGAGACAUUAGAGACUUUUAAGAGACAUUUAAAUGUGAGGAAAAUGGAAGAAUCUGGACAUUGUGUGGAGAUCAGAAGAAAUGAGUUUAGUUAGCCAUUUGAUUAGUAAUUUAAUUGGUUUGGCACAACAUUGUGUGCCGAAGGGUCUGUUUGUGUGCUGUACUGUCCUGUGUUCUUUGUUGUAUCCUUAUCUGUCCUCUGUCAUUUAUACAAAGUUGUACAUUGUGAUUCCAAUACUCACCCCUGUGGAAUUGUAAGAGCUUUGCUUCUGAGGUCACUCCACAUAAUGUCUCUAAAAGGUAUCAAUAAAUCCCUCUACUUCGCCAUUUUAUUUAUUGGCAUACACUUUGUGAAUUUGCAUGUGGUAACCUGUCCUAAGGUUUUGGAAUAGAACAUCAACAUUCCAACCAAAAUAGAGCUCCUCCAAGAAAAAAAAUGCAAAAGGCCAAGAUCUCUUUGACCAGGUUGUUUACCAUUUGGACCUUGUGGAAACAGAAUAUUUCAGCCUGCAGUUCAUGGACGCUUUACAAGUUUCACACUGGUUAGACCAUACAAAACUCAUCAAGAAACAAAUGAAAAUUGGGCCUCCUUACAGCUUACACUUCAGAAUAAAAUUCUAUUCCUCUGAACCAAACAAUCUUCGUGAAGAAUUUACAAGAUACCUGUUUGUGUUACAGCUUAGACAAGAUAUUCUGUCUGGAAAAUUGAAAUGCCCCUAUGAAAUUGGUGUAGAAUUAGCUGCUUACUGCCUUCAAUCUGAGCUUGGGGACUGUGAGCCUCUUGAACAUACUUCGGAGCUGGUGUCAGAAUUCAGAUUUAAUCCCAAUCAGACAGAGGAUAUGGAAAUAGAUAUUUUUACAAAGUGGAAGGAUUGCAGGGGGAAAAGCCCAGCACAGGCAGAAUUAUGCUAUUUGAACAAAGCCAAAUGGUUGGAAAUGUACGGAGUCGACAUGCACAUAGUCAAGGGAAGAGAUGGCUAUGAAUAUUCUCUUGGAUUAACACCAACAGGCAUAUUGGUUUUUGAAGGAUCAAACAAAAUAGGCUUGUUUUUUUGGCCCAAAAUUACCCAGUUGGAUUUCAGAAAGAACAAACUAACUCUCGUUGUUGUGGAGGAUGAUGAGCAGGGCAGAGAACAGGAGCAUACAUUUGUUUUCCGGUUAGAUAAUUCUAAAGCAUGUAAACAUUUAUGGAGAUGUGCUGUGGAAAAUCAUGCAUUUUUCCGACUACGAGCACCAACUCAAACUAAAGAAGGACGAUCAGAUUUGCUGCGUUUGGGAUCUCGCUUUCGUUUCAGUGGUCGGACAGAAUAUGAAGCAACGCAUAAAAGUAGACUCCGACGGACAAGUACAUUUGAAAGGCGGCCAAGCAAGCGAUAUCCCUCAAGAAGACACUCCACUGUUAAAGGUUCAAAUCCAGUAAAAUACGGACACACCAGUGCACAGAGCAAUACAGGAAUGUGUGGAUACCAGACUCCAUAUAUGUGCAACAUUCCCCUUGUUCAGCAGCACUGGCAUUCCAGUAAUGUAAGCCAUCCUUUGGUAUCACCACUGUUAAACAGCACGAAUAUACAGCAAUUCAGUGUAGAAGAGAACGGGGGAACACCAUUUACUGGGACAGCCACUGGAAGACAUCAUCUGCCAAACCAUGGUCUGAUUACUUUGGAGCUGGAAGACACAGAUGCUUACUCUGGAAUGCCAAGUCCAACUAAGUUGAGCUCAACUGUUCUUCCACACUAUGAUGAGGUUGGAGUGUGUUUUAAGCAGUUGGAAGCUGAUUCCAGUAAGGUGGUUGGGCAGUGGCCCUCACUGCAUAUCAACAUAAAUAACAAGGGUGAGGAAAAGAAACUGUUAGAAAAGGGCCUGCAUUCUCCUGCAUCACCCUCUUCUCAUCCUGAUCAGAUGAAGAGCAACAUCAUUAAAGCUCAAAUGGAUGCUGCAUUGAAGUGUAAGAAAGAGGAGCCAGCAUUGAGCAGCAACAAUAAGUCCUCAGGCACAUUGACAGAUGGUUCAAGAUGCCUGGAUACAUCACAAGAGAGCACAAAAACAACCGGUGUUCAGGAAAGGCCACGAUCAAAAAGUUCCCGUAUCAGGAAACUGACGAGACAAUACAGCUUUAAUCAUAGUGAUGAGGAUGACCUGCCUCCUGCCUUAGCUGCAGCCACACGGAGCAGUCCUCCCCCAGUCAGUAGACUGUCCGCUACUGAUGUUCAGCAGUUACAGUACCCCACCUGCAUCAAGAAUAAUUCAGAAGAAGGCCAAACAGAUUUAGCUUCUCCAGGAGAUCUACUGAUGGACUUCACUGAAGCUACUCCUCUGGUAAAGACUGUGCCAGCCCAUCCUUUUUCACCUGUACAGCAAUUUCCAGUUGAACUAACAGACAACAUUUUGCAGUGUUAUGACUUCCCACCAUCACCAGGAAAAUCAUCAUCUGCGACACCUUUGAAUGUAGUUAGAGCUCCGAGCGACCCCUCAACCGUGACAUAUGUACAUGCAGCUAGACCUUCAACUAAUCCAGGAAAAUCAUCAGUGACAUCUAUGCAUGGCAACAGGCAUCUGAAUGAUCCAGGAAAAUCCUCAUCAGGGCUGCCUUGGCAUGCCACAAGACCCCUGACUGAACCAGGGAUGUCAUCAUCAGUAACACCUUUGCAUGCAAUCAGAUAUCCAAGUGAUCCAGGAAAAUCAUCAGUAACACCGUUGCAUGCAGCAAGACAUACGACUGAUCCAGGAGUUUCUACAUCAGUAAUGCCUUUGCAUGCAAUUAGGUAUCUAAGUGAUCCACUCCCACCAGUUCAACAUGCCACAUCUCCAACAGACAGUGCUGAUAAUUUGAGGCGUGAGCUGGAUCGAGAGAAGAUAAUGAAACGCCUUUUAAUGACAGAAUUGUGAAAGCGUAGCUUGGAUCAAGUGGCAGAACUGGAUCAGGGCCUCUGUGUGCCUUUUGUCUGUUGGCAUUCCUUUUGAAUGUCAAAGAAGCUUUGAUGUGUGUAGUUUGUUACACUUUCUUCAUUGUGAUUCAUAGAAAAGCAUUUUUUAUCAUACUGAACUAGAUGUUUAUAUUACUUUCCUGCUAUAAUCAGGAAGGGCUUGCUUUACAAAGGUCAGUAUACAUUUAAUCCCUGACACUGCCUCUGUAACCAGUGUCACCAAUGCAACAAUGUGAAGGUUUGCUUUGGAGGGGGAAAAGGCCAUUCACAAAAAACGUUGUACACAGCUUAUUUAAUUGUAAGGAAAAAAAAGUUUGUCUAUAUUUGCACUACGUUUUGGAGAAUAUUUUCAUAAGAAUGUGGAAAACCGUCACUUUGUAUAUCUGGAGCUAUUACUGAGCCACUACAUUUUGAUGGUCUAGUUUUAGGUGAAAGGAAAGAGUAAACUAUAAUAUUUAAUAUUGUUAAAAAAAUCAUUUGAACAUAAAUUGUAUAUUCUGCUGCCAAAUUAAAUGUCUAAAUAAUAGGAUUGAGAUGUGCAAUACUCAAAUUUGUAUUUAAUAUAUUUGUAUAUUCCCAUAAUGUAGUAAUCUAGAUAAAUCUAAAAUUGAGACAUAGACUUCGGCCAGAUAUUUGUGCUUUACAUACAAUUCAUAGGAUGUUAACAGCAUUCUACAAGAACUUCUGAACCAAGAAUGAAAACCUUUAUUAAAAUGCCCUUUAACUGAUAUUUUUCCAAAAGGAAAGUUGACAAAAGGCCAUGUUCAGUUAAACCUAUUUUCAAAUAAUUUUGUAGUAUUGGUCAUAGUUUACUGUAAGGCAAGACAAUUUUGUCACAGGACUUUUUUUUUAAAAAAGAACAGUUCAGGUACAUUAUUUCUCCAGUUAUCUGUGUGUAUGUGUACAAAAUGGGAGGAUAUAGGUAUACAUUUUAUAAAUAAUAUUUUUGGAAAUCAGAUUUAAAGAUUUUUAAAAUUCAAUUGUAAUUAAUUUUAUUUUAAUUUUUUUUAAAGAGUGCUCCAGGAAAUCACAACUAUACUUGGGUUAUCAUAUACUAGUGCUGAUGCAGAAUUGUUUAAUCUUACAGUAACACUCAAAUUUUCAAAAUGUUUCUCAUUACAAUUUACUAAACCUAGUUUGUAGAGAUUUUCUUUGGACAGAGUGUGAAUGGGGAUGGGAUCUCUCUUUUAGUCUUCAAAACUUUGGUAGAAUGCUCAGACCGUGGGUUCGGAAGAAAAUUUUGGAAGGUAACUGAGAAAUCCUGUAGAGCAGUGAUACUCAUAUGUCUGAUUUCUGUAUUAGAAUAUGAAAUUUUAUUGUAUUAGAGUGUAAUAAUUAUACUGUAUUUUCCAUUAUACAUUGCUUAACACUAGGACACUAGUUUAAAAAAUGCUUCUUUGAACAAUCGUUUACAUUCCUCUUGUGGACUGCUGUAUGUUUUUGCAUUGAUGGAAUGGUGCACAUGGCAUACAGUAAACAUAUGACUAUUUUAAUUAAUGGUGAUUGUGAGUGCGACUCCAGAGUCACAUAACUGAUCAUUUUUGAUCUAGAGGAAAUUUCCAGUGAUGAUGUCUUAAGAUUAUUUGAUUUUCAUUAAGAUAUUUUCACAAAUAUAUGUUGAAAUAUACCAGUACUGUGACUUACACAUUGAAGACAGGAGACUUCAAUGAUUCAUUAAUCAUUUUCCAGAAUGGUACUGGCUGUUUUUACUGAUAUGCAGUGGAUUCCAGUUAAUUGGGACACAGUGGGAUCAGUACAUUUUGGCCCAACUAAAUAGCUGCCCCAAUUAGCUGAAGAUUCAUGGAAGUAGUUAAAAAGGUAUAAAAAAGAUAAGUUGAGUAAUAAAUUAUGUACUUGGAUGAAAUACUGAAUGAAUUAAAGCACGAUCAAUACUACUACAGUACUAUUAAACUGUGUUAGUUCCUAAUAGUUAUUGAAGGAGAAAUUCAUCCAGUGUGCGCUACCGUGUUCUUUUGAUUGAUGCAAGUGAACAAAAUUAGCAGAACACCUAGUGCAGAUAAUGGACUGCCUCUUAACAAUACUUUCAAUAAUUGCAUCCUCUAAAUCUUCAUUUUCAUUAUCACAUUCAAGAUGUUUGUCGAAUUCUUCAUAGGUCCUAACUUGUCCAAGUAGUAAAAUCAUUUCACUUUCACUCCCAGCCGUUUCUGGCUUUUCCAGGCCUGAAUGCUUGAAACUGCAGUGAGCAGAAGUUCUGAAUUGUCUUACUGCUUAACUCCGGUCAAUUAUCAGCAACAGUAAUCACUGUUUUUUGGACAACUGAUAUUUUAAAAACUGUUCAUUCUAAGCAUGUUGUAGUAUCAAAUGCCACACAAGUACAUACAUCUGAUGCUGGUUAGAAAUUGUUUAGCAACAGUCUCCUACCCCAAUUAAGCAGGAUAGAGUCCCAAAAAAACAAAGGGAAUUCUGACAAUUUUCGCAUUAGUUUUUGUUUUUUAAGAGUUGUCUCAAGUAAGCGGCUGUCCCAAUUAUCUGAUGGUCCAGUUAACUGGAAUUCACUGUAUUUGCACAUGCCUGACAGUGCCAACUGAAGCCAAAAAAGUUGUGAUUAUAAAUAUUUCCUUGUAAAUAAUAUACUUUGAGAGAUUUGUCUAAACAAACUGGAAUGAUUUUUAAAGUGUUUAAAGAUGGUUGCUUUAAUAAUUUAUAAAUGUUAUGCUAAUGGAACCAGAAAUUUGAGAGCUUUUGCUUGGAGGUUAUGGCAAAUAUGUACUGUAGGUACUUAUUACAAAGAUGUAUGAAAGUGUAGAUUAUCAUGUAUGAUAUAAAAUCCAUAUUUAAUGUCAUUUUGGUAUUUCUGAUUUUCUAGGGGAAGUUUCCUUUAACAAAUCUGAGGGUAGUCCACCAUGAACUGUUUUGCCAUGUAAACUAAUGGGUUGAAAUGAUGAGCAUUAACUCCAGUAUCUCAAUGCAGUGAUACCUCAACAGGACUGUGGAUUAUAUUUUAGCUUGAUAACCUCAAUUUACAUUAUUGGCCCAAAUAAAACAUUAACAACAUUGGGUAUUCUGUGUUUCAAAUAUACAAUAGUUGCCAUUAUGGCUAAAUGUUUUGUUAUUUGCAACUUUGCAAUGAUACUGUUUUUGAAUAGAAAGUCCUGCAUAUACUGGAGUUCACAUACCUAAUUAAAACUAUUUCUCAGCUACAAAGAGACAUAAAGAUGAAAAUGUCAACAUGCCAUAAUUCUGACCUAAAAAUAGAAAAUAGAUGUUAAUUAACAUCAAAAGGCUACAAAUUUUUGUUGGGAUUUAUCUUUAUAUACAUAAGGUUUAAUUACAUUUCCCAGAUGGCUAUUGCCCUCUUUUCUAUCUGGUCUGAUCUAGGAAGUUGAUACAAUUUCUGAUUUGAUCACGAUCUCUGGUUUACUAUCCUGUAAAGAAGGUUCUGCUGCUCUAGUUUAAAAUGCUAUGAAUUUCAUCUCAUACCCAUUUCCUUAUUUGAAAAAUUGAGACUUGACUACUUCUAACUACCUUGUUACAUACCUGCAUAAUUUCAAACGUCUUCAUUUUCUUGCAUUUCCUCAGUCUGGUUAGCUUGCAGAUGAAUUGACGGUGUCUCCUGAAAGUUACAAUGUUAAUCUCUUUUUGGAACCCACUGUGUACAGCUCAUGAACACUCUGUGCAGAUUUCAGUCUUACCUCUGACUAUAUAUUGUAAUGAGCCUGAACCAUCUGAUUCUAGAUCCCACCUGAGAAAUACUUUAUAUAAUUGAAUUAAUCUUCAUUUCCAGCAUUUUACUUGUUACUUCACUGGUCUAUUGAGAGGAAAGAUGGUCUUUACAUUUACAGUUACAAGCUAACAGGAGAAAUGAUCUAGAACAAACAUGCAGUGGAUGCUUUCAUGGUUCUUCAUUACUGGCUGCCAUGAAGUGAUUUGCUACACAUGCUAGAUCAAGAUCCAGUAGCCAGGAUGUGGGCUACAAAUUAUACCUGGAGAUAGAAAAGGCACAUCAAAAGGGCGAUGAUAUUAUAAUCUUGGGGGGAUUUCAAUAUGCAGGUAGCUAGGGAAAAUCAGGUUGGUGCUGGAUCCCAAGAGAGAGAAUCUGUAGAAUGCCUACAAAAUGGCUUUUUUUUUAGAGCAGCUAGUGGUUGAGCCCACUAGGGAAUCAACUAUUCUGGAUUGGAUGUUUCCUAAUAAACCAGAUUGGAUUAGGGAGCUUAAGGUAAAGGAACCCUUAGUAGUCAGUGAUCUUAGUAUUCUAGAAUUCACCCUGCAAUUUGAGAGGGAGAAGCUAAAGUCAGAUGUAUCAGUAUUAUGGAGGAGUAAAGGGAAUUACAGGGACAUGAGAGAGGUGCUGCCAAAGUUGAUUGGCGGGGAAGACGGCAGAGCAGCAAUAGCUUGAUUUUCUGGGAGCAAUUCAGAAUGCACAGGAUAGGUACAUCCCAAAGAAGAAGUAGUGUUCUAAAGGGAGAAUGACACAACUGUGGCUGACAAGGUAAGUCAAAGCCAACAUAAAAGCCAAAGAGAGAGCAUGUAAUAGAGCAAAAAUUAGUGGGAAGUUAGAGGAUUGGGAAACUUUCAAAAACCAACAGAAGGCACCUUAAAAAGGCAUAAGGGGAAGAAAAGAUGAAAUAUAAAGGUUAAUUAGGCAACAAUAUCAAAGAGGAUACCAAAGGUUUUCUCAGAUAUAUAAAGAGUAAAUGAGAGGCUGGAAAAUUAUGCUGAUGAGAUAGUAAUGGGGGAAGAAGCAAAUGGCAAGCUAACUAAGUAAGUAUUUUUUAUCAGUCUUCGCUGUGGAAGAUGUUAGCAGUAUGCCAGAGGUUCAAAAGUAUCGUGGCAGAAGAGAGUGUGGUUACUAUUACUAGUGAGAAGCUGCUUGGGAAAUUGAAUGUUCUGAAGGUACAUAAGUCACCUGGACCAGAUGGACUGCCCUUCAGGGUUCUAAAAGAUAUAGUUGAAGGGAUUGUGGAGGCACUGGUAAUGAUCUUUCAAGCAUCACUAGAUCCUGGAAUGGUUUUGGAGGACUAGAAAGUUGCAAAUGUCUAUUCACUUCAAGAAAGGAGGGAGGCAGAAGAAAGUAAAUUAUAGGCCAGUUGGCCUGAUCUCAGUGUUUGGAAAGAUGUUGAAGUCGAUUGUCAAGGAUGUGGUUUCAGGGUACUGAGAGGCACGUGAUAAAAUAGGCCAAAGUCAGCCAGAUUUCCUUAAGGGAAAAUCUGUUAGAAGUAUUUGAGAAAGUAACAAGCAGGAUAGACAAAGGAGAACCAGGGGAUGCUGUGUACUUGAAUUUUCAGAAGGCCUUUGACAAGGUACCGCACAUGAGGCUGCUUAACAAGAUAAGAGUUCAUGGUAUUACAGGAAAGAUACUACCAUGGAUAGAGCAUGAACAUGAGACUCAGGUUUGCACAGUAGUUUACAAUAUAUUUGCUAACUUAGCUGUUGUGAAAACUUGUCUUUAAUCUGUGCAAUAAAACAAAAAAUAGUCAAUUCAAUGAAACUUAAUUUUACCUGUCUUCUGUGGAGUAAGUAAGCUUUUGGCAAAAAAGUGACCCUGACAUUUCUGCGAUAUUUCACCAGAGUUUAUUAUUACAAAAAUAACCUGCAGUGUUAAUUCUGUUUCUUUUUCCACAGCUACUGCCUGACCUGAAUUUUUCCUACAUUUGUUUUUAAAUUUCAGUAUCAGCAGUUUUCAAAUCCCACUUGUUAGCCAGAAAGAAUAAAUUAUUCAAACAUAUUUAUUAAUAUGGUUAUACUAUUCAAUCAGAGUAAUACCAAUUAUCACGACGCAACCAUUUCAUGUAGUAUAUUGCUGUAUAGCAGCUUGGAUAGCAUUUUGUGUUUAAAAUAAUGUUUAUUAAUAUUCAUCACAUGUAAUCCACUCAAGCAAUUUAAUGAUAACCACCUACAGAUGAGUUUAAAAUACAGAGAUAAUUUAUUCAAUUAGCAACAUUAUUUUUAUUUUGCUUCAGAAAUGUCUUAAAUAAUGUAAUGGUAUAUUGGAAAGGAAAGAGACAAGAUGUUCAAUCAAUCGCAAAUUACAGAGCAAAAAUUAUUCAGUGAAGCCUGAGGAAGUAUGUGCAUAUUAAGGCAUCCGUUAGUCUUGCGAGACCAUGGAUCUGCACCUGGAAAGUCUUCACUCUCCGGGAUGCAGGCCUGGGCAAGGUUGUAUGGAAGACUAGCAGUUGCCUAUGCUGCAAGUCUCCCCUCUCCACGACACCAAUGUUGUCGAAGGGAAGGGCAUACAGCUUGGCAUCAGCGUCGUCGCAAAGCAAUGUGUGAUUAAGUGCCUUGCUCAAGGACCCAACACGUUCCCUCGGCUGGAGCUCGAACUUACGACCUUCAGUUCGCUAGUCUAAUGCCUUAACCACUUGGCCACGUGCAUACACUACAGGUUUAUAUCAGUAGUGAAGUUGGUAUGGUCAGCAUAAAUCUACUGAGGAUGUAUAUUCAUAAGUAGUUUAUUGAGAAUUGUUUCCUCAGCAUCCAUCUUUACUUUCUUGGAGCAGUCAUUGGUAAACCUAUUCACCCAAAUUCCUGUUCCUUUUCAAAAAUACCCAGAAUAUUCCCUGAGUCCAUGACAAUAGUUUGUACAACAAAUAAAUUGAUAUAUUGGUUUAUUAUUGUCACCUGUACCAAAGUUUGGUGAAAAAUCUACAUACCACCCACACAGAUCAAUUCAUUACAAUAGUGCAUUGAAGUAUUACAAGGUAAAACUAUAGCAGUGCAGAAUAAAAUGUUACAGUUACAGAGAAAGUACAGUGCAGAUGAAUUUAAGGUACAAUGUAACAAGGUAGAUCAUGAGGUCAAGUCCAUGUUAUCAUACAAGGCAAACACUUGACAUCUUUUAACAGUAGUGUAGAAGCUGUCCUUAAACCUAGUGGUAUGUACUUUCAAGCAUUUCUAUCUUUUGCCUGAUGGGAGGUGUUAAAGAGAAAACAGCAGGACGAGUGGAAUCUUUGAUUAUGCUGGCUGCUUUACUGAGGCAAUGAGAAGUGUAGACAGAUUCCAUAGAGGGGAGGCUGCUUUCCAUGAUGUGCUGAGCUGUGUCCACAGCACACUGCAGUUUCUUGUAGUCAUGUUCAGAGCAGUUUCCAUACCUUCCUGUGAUGCAUCCAGAUAGGAUGCUUUCUAUGGUGCAUCAAUAAAAACUGAGGAGGGUCAAAGGGUACAUGCCAAAAUUUCUUUAGCCUCCUGAGGAAGUAGAGGUAUUAGUGAGUUUUCUUGACUGUGGUGUCAAAGUUAUUAGACUGGGACAGGCUAUCGGUGAUGUUUACUCCUAGGAACUUGAAACUCCCAAUUCUCUCGACCUCAACAGUGUUGAUGUAAACAGGAACUUUUGCACUGCACGUCUUCUUGAAAUCAAUGACCAGCUCCAGCUCUUCUGUUUUGCCAACAUUGAGAGAAAAGUUGUUAUCGUGACACCAUAUUACAGGGCUCUCUAUCAUUGUUUGAGAUAUAGCCCACUAUGAUGGUAUCAUCUGCAAACUACUAGACAGAGUUAGUGUAGAACUUGGCCAACAACCAAUUGAUUAGUUGCAAUUACACAAUAAGAUGUUAAUGAGAUCAGGCUUUGUGUAAAAUUGUUACUGUGUUUGCCUACUACUUAUAAGUUACUCAGUCAAAUUAUUUUGGAAUGUUUCAGGAGAUGAUAAAGCACCAGUUGAUUCCUUGCAUGUCUUCUUGAAGGUUGCUGUUCAUUACUAACAUAAAUAUUUCUGCAAUGCUUUGCAAAGAACAUUUAAAGUUUAUCAUCAAUUGCAGCAUGAGCCAAUUACUAUAAUCUUAUUCUCUAUGUUCAUUUUGACUGGGGAGGGGAAAGCAGAAAGAAAAAAAACUGGCUAAAAUUUGUCAACGUUACUCAAAAAUCACAGGUCACCUGACACUGUUGAAUCAGCAACACUUCGGGUUUUCAACAGUAAAGGACACCUUGAUAACCAUUCAGCAAACUGUGGAGAAGAGCAUUGUUUUGUUAUAUAAUCUUGCCAUAAACACUUCAUUAUAUCUCAAAUAAUAGCAACAACAAAAUACACUCAUGUUAACGUGGAGUGUUCUUAGUUGACCUGAAUGCUGAGAACCUAUUUAAUAUCACGGCAUGAUAAAACAAUAUUGCAGAUACUGUUUUGUAGUGAUAGGCCAUUUCAGAUCAGUAGCAUUUUGACUAACAUUAAAUUGCUUGCUCAAAUAUGCAAAAAAUAUACUUUCAAAUUAAUUAAGUGCCAACAAGACAACUGGAUAUUUAUUGGCUCAAAAUAAUUAGUAAAGUUAUUUAAGUAUGUUUCAGGCUGUCCAGUUAAGAUGCCAAAAUGAUAUGUAAAUUGGAAACAAUAUCAAAUUAGUGACUCAGGUGUCUGUAUUGUAUUGAUGUAAAAACAAACUAAGAGUGGAUUUGGUCUUAAGUGAUGAUUUUAUUUUGUGUUGUGAAAGAUUAAUAGUUUUAUUGCAAACUGUAAAUGUUUUAUUUGAGCCUGUGAAAGAGCCAAAAUAUUACAAAAUAUGGUUAGACCUGAACGAUUCAGGAAAUUUGUAAAAUAAUACUGAUAUUUUUGAGAAUAUUGCCUUUACUUUCAAUUUACUUUUUUUACUUUUUGAAUUAAUAAAAGAUCAACAAUGAUAAGUGGAAUGUUUACAGUGAAAAUGCGCCUUAAUUUGUUAAUUUUAAGUAAUGACAUUUGAUAAACCUAGCAAUUUUAGUACUACUGUAAAAUAUUGUGUAUGUCGGUACCUCUGGGUAUUAAUGAGAUUAUAAUUUUCAUGAGUUAUCUUGGCAAUUCUUAAGUGGAGAAUUUAAUGGAAUGCAUUAAUAAUCAGUAAUGAAACAGGAUAAAUGCUCAGAAUUUAUUGUUUUACUUUAUCUCCUACCCCCAGAGGUCAAUGAGGCAUUUAGGAAUCUGGUUUCACCGAUACUGGGAGCUCUUCACUGCAGAAUCCAAGUAGCCAUUAAUUUUGUAUGCAAGUCUAGUAGAUCAGUAGGCUUUUUGACUGUGGAUAGCACAACAGAUAAUAAUCACCCUUUUCAAACUUGACUUAAAAAAAAUCUUUGUCAAUAAAGGUUUCCCAGUACCUAAAUGAAGAGCAUAUGGUUCUAUCUGCCCCUGUGCUGUCCACCUCUACCUUUCUUUCUCCUUCCCAAAUCCUUUUCUAGGUAGUUCCAAAGCCAAUUGUAAUUAAUAAUGGUCAGUACAGACCAAAACUACAUGCACAGAACCAUCUGGACUGGCAUAGCCCAAUUUUAUGUAACAUUUAUCCAUUAAGCUAUUAAUGGAGGCCUCAGGAUUGCAAUUAACUGUGAAACAUUUUAAUGAGCGUGUUGGGGUUAAAGGUCUAUGUCAUUUAACUGGUAUUUCCUUUAAAUCACAGUUAAUUAUUGCUAUCAGAACAUAUGAUUUUAUAUUUAGUACUGAUCUUGCUCCACUAUUGUACACGAAGUUCUUCAGUACUUAUUUCCACUUUUUAGUAGAGUGUCACAGUAAAUCAGUGGGUCAUGUGUAUUUUAAAAAAUGCUAAGAAAGGAAUGACAUGAUGCUCAACUAGUUAAAGUACAAUAUUAAAGACUUUCUACAUGAUGUGUAUGAUUUACAAAUGCUUUUUAUUUUAAAUCAGCAUUCUUUAGUUGGAAACCAAUUUUCUGGAGGCUUGGUAUUUGAAUAAUUUUCAGAAAGAAAUUGUAAAAUACUGGUGUUGAAUUGUAUGAUGAUUGUACCUGAUUGAUGGGUGUUUCGGUGGGCUUUAGCUGACUGAUGAAUUUUUGAUGGACUGUAUUUUCAGAAUGAUAAUCGGAAAAAUUAUAUCUGUGGUGCCAUGAUGAAAAUUUCAUUGUUAAAGCCCGUAACUUUUCUCCAUGUGAUAUUAGUCUUGUACUGCUUUUAUGACUCUAGUUAUUUAGCACUUAAAGGUUAUGUCAACAACUAUUGUGCAAUUCCUGCAUUAAAUAAUGUACCAACCCUACAAAAUUUGCAUUGUGGUACACUGCUGCUAAUAGCAUUUAUUUACGUGUGCUGAUCAAUGUUGAUUACACACAACCUUGUACCAAUAAAAUGUUCUGAAAUUGAAUAUAGUCAUUCUGUUUCAUGUAAAGUAU